AGCCGCACCUGAAACCGCCAGGGUCGAUCUAGGUAUGUUUACUUCAAAAUGAAAUACUGAUGUUUUUCGAUAAGUUAGUAUGGAUUUUUUUUGCGUUGAACAAUAUCAGAAAGUCCAAGUGAUGAAUCGUGUUUGACCCCCAUUCGUGUUGGUGUAGUGACUCAGAAACCUGCCCCUGACGUUGUCACGAAAUUUCAAAUCUGUAAGUAUAUUCAGUCACGCUCACGCUCACGUUUCUGGGCACGGAGAUUUUGUGCUUUAGAAGAAAUAUGGCAUCGACAGACGGUGCCCAGGAGGUCACCAAGACCGUUGCCGAAUGGAACGAGGAGCGUAGGAAACUCGGUCUAAAACCUCUCCGAAUAGAAGAAGACGGCAAAGCGGUAGACGGAACCUCGGACGCACCAUUAGACCACUGGGCAGAAAAAGCGAAGAAGGACGCCGCAAAACACGAUGCAGUCGCCGCGAAGCAGCAGGACAAGAGGAAGAGGUACAUUUUUUUGCUCUUGCGAAUUUACUUUGUUUAGCUGUGUACGUGUUGUGACGAGCCGAAACUGAAUCCAUUUCUUUCUGCGGUAGAAAAUGAAGAUUCAUUGCGAACCAAAAUCUCUCAACAGGGAGCGGGCCAAACUUGCAAGCGGUCGCGGUCUCGGCGACAUCCUGGACGAUGACGAUGAUUUGCAGGCAUGGGCCAGCAGCCACCACACGACAAGCUCGCGGAACCUCGAGCGCGCCGCGGCGAAGAACCGUGCGACCAAGCAAAAAGAGGAGGCGGGAGACGGACCGUCGUUGGAUAACUUCAGGGUAUUUUCUUUCAGCUUUUUGUUUGGCGUUCUGCUUCUGACAAUGAUAAUGAAUUGUUUUUCUUCGAUUUUCUUUAACUGAACGGGAAAAAGGACGACAACGCAUAUUAGAGUUGAUUCAUGAUCGAUUCUCAGGUGACGCACGACAUGGCGGAUUUCCAGGAGGGCGAGCAGGCGAUUCUGACGCUUGCGGACGAAAGGAUAGUAACCCUCGACGGCACCCUGAACAGCGAGAUGGAUCUGCUGGAAGACAUUAACAAGACUGACGCGUUUAAACUGGUAUUUCUAUUUGGUUUGAUGGUUGCCUGGUGAAAAAAACAAAAAGUAAAGUGCACUUUUCAGCAGCAACAGAUUGACUCAAAUUCUGUGUCUCUGCAGCGCCGCUCGAUUAAUUUUAGCGCUCCAAAACGAUCGAUGAUCCAAACAGAAACAACGUGAAGAGCGGAAGAAGCAAAAAGCGAACUACGACCCUUCCCGAGGCUACCACGGUGACCAGCAAACCGGCGACAUCCUCGCGAAGUACGAUGAGCUCCCCACCCGCGCCACUGGUUUCACGAUGGCGGACGCGCACUCAGCCGUGGCCGAGCAGAAACUGAAGGAAAUGGCACUUGCCGACCAGGCGGACGGAGAAAUCAGCACACUGAAAUUCCAGUCGGACGUCAUGGACCAGGCGGAAGAGGUGAAAUUCCGGAAAAAAAUCGCGAAACAGGCCAAGAAGCAAAACAAAAGAAAGCAAUUGAACAUCGACGAGGACGAGUUUGACCGACCACCGGUGAAAAUGCAGAAAUUCAGGGUCCGCGCCGACGUUGACAGCGACGAGGAUGAUCCGGAAUUGUACGAGCAGCUCCGCCGGCAGAAGACCGCCGCCACGACAAAACGGGACUUGAAAAAGGUCCAGGAGCUGCUGCGACCGGAAGAGGCUCUGGUAGCAUCCUCGGGUCUGGCGAGGGACAAAGACAGUCGGUUGGUCAGCGCGACCAGCGAGUUCUGUCUCACGGUACAGACACACGACCAGAAAGAGGAGAAGACGAAGCAGGAAACCUAUGCGGGGAUGGAAACGUAUUAAUUUUAGAUUUUUUCCUUUCGUUUCAUAUUUAUGCUUCUUGUCAUGAUUUGCGUUCUGCUCAGUCGAUUUACCGAUCAAACUUGAUGGCAAUACAUUCAAUCCACAGGUUCAAGAAGGAGCGGGAGAACAAGCUCAAACUACACGACGACGAGGCCGCGAACGAGCGGAGAAUAAACGAUUCCAGGAAGCACAAAAGCAGCUCCUCUUCCAGCGCGCCGGUGGUCUCAGAGCAGCAACAGAAGGCCGUGGAGGAGCAGUUGCACGAGAAGCCUUUGGACAACAGUAUGGCGAGUGCCCUGCUAUAUUUACGCGAGCGCGACGGGUUUGGCAAGGAUCAAGGCUCACACCUGAAACGCUACACCGCCGAGGGCGGCGUGCUUGAUAUUGGAACCAACGAAGGCGACGUGAAGAUCGAGUAUAAGGAUGAGUUUGGGCGCGUGAACACGGCGAAAGAGGCCUUUAGGCAACUCUCUUGGAAGUUCCACGGGAAGAAGCAUGGUGCGCGCAACGCCGAAAGAAGGCUUCAGAGAAUAGAGGAGGAAAACCGAAUAAAACGGCUUGACAUGAACGCCCCACCCAGUCUAGAGGCUCUGAAAAAGGUUCAGAAAAACGAAAAGACGCCAUGGAUGACGCUGGGAUAGCGGCGCGUGUUGACGAAGGCCGUGUGCGGCCGCCCGGUCGUCGUGAAAAGCUCCACCGCGAUCGGCUUAUGGCCUUUCGUCAUUGUCGUGUCACCAACCUGUACUUACCCACCCACGAUUUUCGAUUUCGACUAAGGUCCUAUCACACAUCUCCUGUUCCCCACGGGAUGGCGAAAUGUGCCAAAGCUGCCUUUUCUGUAAGUACCAAGUAUAUCAGCGACAAACUACCCAGAGAAUACAUGUCAAAAGUGUCACUUUAUGUCGACAUCUAACCAAGACAAU